AUGGCCGGCAUUCACAACCAAGCCAACUCCGACUUCCUCAGCAGUCGAUUGCCAUACAACCCCAACCUCUUCAGCGUGUUGAACCACCCCCUUGAAACUCCCAACCCCAACUGCACCAUCCACCAGAAGCUCGAUCCCUAUCUCGUCCCGCGCUUCUCUUGGGGACGCAAUGGACGCGGCACCGUCGACCCAAUGGACGCCUGCGCUUUCGAAAUAUACCACGAUGACGCAUGGAACCCGCUGGGACGCACGCUUUCGCCCCAGCCUGAGGAGGAUGACUCAGACAGCGAGUCUGAAAGCAUCUUUGAGGUGGAAAACACGCGAAAACCGAGCUCAGGCCCCGUUCGCCGCCCUCGAAACAACUCCGCCCGUAUCGAGGCUUCCCCUCUCCAAGUUCGCCAACCCUCGCCCCCGCCACCAUUGCCAGCAUCUGCCCCCAACGAUCCGCCCAAAUCCAAUCCGGACAUGGACAAAGAGAACCGGGGCCGCAGAAUUCCUGAAAACGCUGUGAAAAAAGCGAUUGCGCGGGGAGCCAAGUUGCCUCCCGACGCGAACGUCAUACCCAAGCAUCUGCAAUACAUGCUGCUUCUAGGCUGCGAAAUUCGCUACGAGGACAAGAAACCCAUGUUGGCCUGUAAAAUCUCGGCGACCUGCCCUGAGUACAAUAGGCCGAAGCGACCAGCUGACUGCGAGCGGCAUCUCGCAACGCACUUCCGAUCCGAACUCGACUAUCGCUGCGAAAUAUGUUCACGCACGUUCUCGCGGAAAGACCCACUCAUCAGACACCAGUCUCGGUCUGAAAGUGAAUGCUACGUUGCUCACCCCAAGUGCUAA